AUGAGAGUCCAGAAUACUGCAGACCACCAGAAUCCCAAUGAGAAGGUAGAUUGGCCACAAAUCACCGACGGAUCAUCCCGUCAAGUCGAGACAGUGGAGGAAGCAUCAUCGAACGACGGUGGAACUAUCGAUAAGGCAACUGAGCGUGCCGUCCUCCGAAAGCUUGACUAUAGAAUCGUGCCGAUGGUUAUGUGGGUUUAUCUUAUGAACAUGAUGGACCGAGUUAACAUUGGAAAUGCUCGUUUAUUCGGGAUGGAGGAGGAUCUUAACCUUGGGAAAGGCCAGUUCCAGCUUGCCGUUUCCGUUCUUUUCAUCACCUACUGCCUGUUCGAGGCCCCCUCCAACAUGAUUAUCAAGCGGCUACAGCCUUCUCGCUACCUCGCAGGCCUCACCAUCUGCUGGGGCUUCGUGGCAACCUUCAGCGCAUUCGUGCAAAACUUUCCUGCUCUCGUUGCUUGUCGCUUGUUGCUUGGAUUAUUUGAGGCAGGAUUCUUUCCUGGUGUCGUGCUUUACCUUUCAAUGUUCUACAGUCGCCGGAGCCUGGCCCUACGAAUUGCCUAUUUUUAUGGCACAGCGGCAGCGUCUGGAGUUGCUGGGGGGCUUGUGGCGUAUGGCAUUAGUUUCAUGGACGGAACCUCGGGCUGGCGCGCAUGGAGGUGGAUCAUCCUCAUCAACGGACUCCCGACCAUCGUUACUGGUUUCAUCAUACCUUUCAUUCUUCCCAACAGCCCAGAGACUGCCAAGUUCCUUUCUGACGAAGACAAGCGAAACUUGGUAUUGAUCCAUGAGCAGCAAAUCGGCCGAGCCCGGAAUCUGCGUGAGAUGGAAUGGGAAGACGUCAAAGACGGUAUCAAGGAUUGGACGACAUGGGCGUAUUGUUUUGCUCUAUUCCCGCUGUUGACCAUGCUUUACUCAUUCGUCGUUUUCUUGCCGACAAUUAUCCAUGGCCUUGGGACCUGGAACGCCACGGAAGUGCAAGCAAUGACAGUUCCGGUUUACGCUGUCGGUGCUAUUGUGUACAUUGCUUGCGCCCGAAUCAGCGAUCUUACCCAGCGCCGAGGUUACUUUAUAAUGGGAGCAAUUAUCUCUUCCGUUGUUGGGUAUGGGAUGCUUGUCGCCGAGAAAGGAAACGCAGUAUCUUAUGCCGGCACAUUUUUCGUCUCGAUUGGCAUCUUUGCUGGGGCUGGGAUCUCUUUCGCCUGGGUUCCUACCAACAAUCCACGUUACGAAGAUGCCAUCACGCAACAUGUUGUGGUUGUCGACCAAACUCCGAUCCAACUUAGCGCCGCUCUCUGUUUUAACACCACAAUCACCAUCUCUGGAAGAACAAUACCAGUGACGAACGCCCCAACAAUCUUCUUGUCCAAUUUUAUGGUUGAAAACACUGUUACGUACAUCGAGACCCUAAACCCAAGUCUGACCUUAAACGACGUCUUCAGCACCAUCACUCGAGUAUUGCCAUACGGCUUUACUGCUUCCAGCCUCAAUGUUCCCCCGCAAGAUGAUUCAGAGAUUGGCACAAAGGUCAUCUUUCAGCCUCUCCCUGGACACCGUCAACGCACUUCCAUGGCAUCGCCGACAUACACCAACAAUAUAGCAGCAUCUAUUCCCGAGAACAGCGACACUCCUUGGACGGGUACUGCGACGACCAUCUACACUGUUCCACCGAUCGGGUUUGAGGAGACUGCGACCCGACUGGUCCUGACUCCUACCGACUCACCGUCGUUCGUGCUCAAUGAGGAUAACGGGCCACUAUUCGAUGACGAGUUUACAGACCUGGCACAGCCAGGCAAUGAGGAAGACUCGCUGUUGCUGUUCACCCCAGCGCCACCAAACACUGACAUUUUUCACCAGCCCAAUCAUAGAGAGUUCAGCAACGAGGACUAUUUUACCCAGUACCGCGACGGUGUUCCCAGCUCGCCCUGCAACGAGGCCGAGGCGUGGCCAGACUCGGCAAACAAGUCAGAGAAGGAUGCCAUGGAGCUGAUAGUAGCCCAGUGUACGGCUGAGCUGGAUGCCGAGGAUGCCGAGCGACUUCGAAGAGGGGAUCUGAAAGAAGAUAUGGACCGGGACUCGUCGUGGGUGAAGAGGGUGCGGUGGGUCAAUCACUUUGGGUCUCGAGAUCUACUGGACAUAUUUGAAGUAGCCGAGUGGAUACGGGUGAAGAGCACCACGGCGGGACGAGGCCGGGAGCAAGACGAAGAUGGCGCGCAAGAACGGCUGAUAUUGCUGCGUCUCGGGGAGAGCUUCGAUCGCGAGGUGGAACGGUGCAGCUGGCGAUUGGACGGCAUGCCGACCGAGACGCUCCAAUAG